AUCACUUUCUUAUAUAUACCAUUAGUAGAGAUUGAAUGAUAGUUAAGAUCAUACUCUAAUAUAACUAAUUCACAAAAUAACUUAGUUGCAAAAUCUCUCUUCUUCAUCAUAGAUCAGAGAAGUAAUUUGAAGGUCUAUUUUUUUUUUUGGAAUCAUCUCUUAACAUUAUUUUUUUCUCAAUCAUUUUAUUUAAAUAAGUGGCACUACAAAAAAUACAAAAAAAAUAUCUAUUGUGACACUCAUCUUUUAAUGUCUCUCAAAACACACUCUCUCCAAAAAGAUCUCAUUCUCCGUUGCUUUUGCUCAAUAACACGAUAUCUUAUUGCUUUUGCUCUCACUCUUGAUCGAUAUUCGUUGUCCUUCACUCUCAGAUCUACGUAUACCCGUUGUGUUUCUUCAACCACAGCUCCGGUUCAACCGUCAAUGCUAUUCUCGACCUCGCCGUCAUUGUUGUGUUGUGCUGCUUCUUACCUAUUUUCUAAAACUAGCAAUAAUUUAUAACGGCACUUGAAUAUCUCACUCUGCUUUGUUCGAUUUGAGUGUGUUCGUUCAGGGAUUUGUAUCUGUGUUUUUUAUUUAAUCUCUCAUGCAUUUGCAAGUAAAUGAGAAGCUUGGCUGAUUUUUUUUUUGCUAUUUAAUUUGUUUCUUAUUUUCGGAGUUGUGAUUGUGUUUGAGAAAUUGCUUGCUAACUUGUGCAUGUGUGCAAUCACCGGAAGCGGAAGCGAACACAUCGGCGUGACGAGGGUUCCAAAUGGAGGAAUAGACGUUCUUUGAAAGUGCAAACAGAAGUAGGACGAUUGAGAGUUCAUAAUUUGACGGCGUCAUCCCAUGAACCGGAGAGGAAAGAGUCACGACAAGCGGGGUUGAGCGGUGGCGACGGCUAUGUGGUUUUCGUAGAAUGGACUGACUUGACGGAGUAACCAUUGAAUGGGGUUUUGAAAACCGGCAUCAUUUUGAGAAUUGGACUUUGGUUAGGUGAAAGAGUGAGUGUUAGGUGUUUGAUGUUAUGCUCCUGAGGUUGGUUCUCUUUGAUUCGUCAUAUGUUUGUCAAUGAGGUGUUUAAGGAUAGAUAUAUAGUGGCAGCUAUGCAAUGCAAGAUUGAAGAUUACCAUUUAGUCAUAGAAAAAUAUGUAUUGGUUUCUCAAGCUUCCAAAAUCUGGGUUCUACAUUCAAAUUUUCUAACAAUCAGAAAAUAUUUUGAAGGGGGGUUCCAAGCACUCUUCAAUAAUACAUUUUCAUUCAGAAAUGGGCAAAAUUGAACUAUGAUGUUAUGCUAGAUGCGUUUUUUUCUGUUCAUUGAGGCUGGUUUACUUAACGUGAGGUAUAAGACUUGGAUGUUCACUUGGCAUACUGUGUGUUGUUUAGCUGGGCUGUAAGUUUAUUUUGUCUAAUCUUGUUUUGCAGUUAUUAUUUAUAAAUGUUUUUUUAUACCAAUAUAGUCUUGGCAUACUGUGUGUUUUUUUAUACAAAUAUAGCUGGGCCGUAAGUGUAUGGUAGUAUUUAUUCAGUUUUGGUUUCUUCUAUCAUUUUUGUUGCAACAGUAUUUUAAUUUCCUUUUUCAUAAUUUAUUUAUUUGGAUAGUGCAAAGGGAAGAAAUUUCAGGAUCCUCUCGGUGCUUCUUUUUGUUAGUGGAGAGGGAAUAUCUUUGUGAAGUGUCUAUAUAGAUAGUUUGUGUUGCAACUUUCAUAUUGUGUGUUUUUAUUAUAAAUUUGUGUAAUUUGGACUGAUUUUUUGUUAUUGGGUUUGUUUUUAGAUUUGGGGUGAAUUACCAUUUCCGAAGUGUAAAGUAGCAUUAGAUUCUGUAAUAUUCUCAGAUAAAGCUUCUGCUGAGAAAGUAGCAUCAAAUUUUGCAGAUAUAGUGAGCCAAAUGGCUCAAGAUGUGAGAUACUGCUGCUUUUAAAUUAGCAUUUUUUCAGCUCUUAUUUCUUAAUUACGUUGCUAUAGCUUUAAUUUUGAUGCUAUAGUUUUGCUCUCUCUGUCUAUGUAUGUGUAUACAAAGGAUAUUUUUUAGAUGCUUCAAAUGAUCAUCUGAUUGGAAUUCACUUCACAUUUAUGUGAUGUGAAGAGUGUGUUGCUCUUUAUAUUUUCAUUCUUCUUUCUCUUUGAAUUGUCCAAAUCACUUAUGGUUACCAGUAAUGGAUCGAGUGAUAAUUGUUAUUUACCAUAGCUUGGCAGAUUUUUGUUAUUUUAUUUUAAAUUCAGCUCUAUAGCUGAGGGAAGGAGGGGACUGACAACACCCCCCCAAUCGUUACAACAAUGAUUAUAGACAAUUCAAGUUAGAGCUGUUUCAUUGGAACCUGAAUCAAAUAAGUAUUUACUUGGAAGGCAAAAAUUUAAUGGAACUGCGAUUUGAUUGCUUGAUAUAAAAUUGAAAUUAUAUUGAAAUAUCAUUUGAAUAUCGGCUUAUGUGGAAUUCCACUUCUAUAACAUCUGAACACACAAAAUGCAUACAUAUUUAUGUACAGGCCUAUAACCAUGCAAUGAGAUAUUGAAUCGUUUGCAGCGUUUAGUGUUUAAUCAUUUAUAUCUAUCAUGAAAUCUAUUUACUUGGUUAUUUUUGUUCUGUGUUACGUGUUCUAGUCUUGCAUAUAUAGUAUAUGGUACUGGUAUGCUCACUUAUAAGGAUAGAAAAAUGGAUAGGAAUGUGAAAGCAAAAUAUGCAUUUUAAUUGUAAUAGUUCGUAAAUACUUGGUUUCACACAUACCUCACAAUCCUCAAUUUACAUUUAUUUAGUUCUCAAAGAAUGGUUUUCUUGAUUUUCUUCUCCUCUUCUUGACAAGAGAGUUGAUUUUAGUGAAAUUUGAGUUUUGAUGUACUGAGAUGAUGUAUCUAUUUUUUACAAUCUUUAAAUUCUGUAGUACAUAUUGUAGUUUAAGUAAGCAUCAUUUGCAAUCUCAUUUUCCAGUCCACUCUUCUAGUUUGUGCAUAAGCAAUCUAAUUAUUGAUCAAAUAACAUUUUGGAAUGGUAUUUUUCAUUAUAUUGCAUCAGGUGGUUGUUUGGUCGAAAGAGAUUGGUUAAUGAAUAUCGAUGGAAAGAGGCCGUUGGACCUUGGAAGGAGAGACCAGGGCACUUUGGUGAUGUAUGGAAGUACUGGACUCAUGAUGGACUUGGCUAUUUUGAGUUUCUUCAAAUACGACGCAAGCACCGUGUUGAAGUUGUUGCAAGAAAUAGCGAAUCAUGCACAUUGGAAAAUUAAUUGGAACGAGUUGGUAAAUAAAUCUUCAACUGGUAUUUCGAGUGCCAAAGAGUAUCGAAUAUUAUGGCGUCAUUUGGCCUAUGGUUAUCCCUUGAUUGAUGAUUAUUUUGAGAAUCAAUAUUCUUCACCUAUGGAUGAUGAUAGUGACUUGGAAUGUGAACGGGAAACUUUACCAGCCAUACCCCAGCAAACUGCAUUGCAAGCUUCAGCAUGUGUGGAGGCAAUGAUUGCAUCUGUAUCAAUGAGCCAAUCUACACCAACUAGCUUAACAAUUGAAGCUCCUUUAACUAUAAAUGUUCCAACACAUGCUUCAUUUAGUACAACUUAUUCACAACCUUAUUAUAUACAAGAGAAAAACAUUAAUUUUCCAGUUAUUGUUGAGAGACAACCAAGGUCAAACAUCAUCAAUGUACCUUCAACAACAAAAGAUUUACAAGAAAAUGAAUUAGUUAAUCACAACACACCAAUUCAAAAGAAAAGAAAAAUAUGGUCAGAGGAAGAGGAUAUGCAACUACAAGCUGCUGUUCAGAAAUGGGGUGAAGGGAAUUGGGCCCAGAUAGCUGGAAGAGAUGAUUUUCCUGUUGAUAGAAAUGCUGCACAAUUGUCUAAGAGAUGGAGAAUCUUAAGAAAUAAAGCUGGAAACACUAAUUGAUAAACCAUUUAAUCAAGCUCACUCAAUAUCAGUUACUUGAUAAGCAAGUCAAAAAGUUAAAUAUUAUUUCACUAAAUUAUUAUAUAUGUGAAUCUCUACCAUCUUGUAAUAAUUUCUAAUGUAGUCAUAUAUUAAAUCACCUAAUCUAAUAGUUCAA